AUGAUGAUGCAGGAUGGAACGACGCCGCUGAUGAUUGCUGCUCUGAGCGGCCAUGACACCGUCGUCAAGACGCUCCUCGCCGCCAACGCCGCUGUGGAUCAAGCGAUGAACGAUGGAACGACGCCGCUGCACAUUGCUGCUCAGCAUGGGCACGAUGCCAUCGUCAAGAUGCUCCUCGCCGCCAACGCUGCUGUAAACCAAGCUAAAAACGGUGGAGUGACGCCACUGUUGACGGCUGCUCACAACGGCCAUGACACUGUCAUCAAGACGCUCCUCGCCGCCAACGCCGCUGUGGAUCAAGCUAUGAACGAUGGAACGACGCCGCUGAUGAUUGCUGCUCUGAGCGGCCAUGACACCGUCGUCAAGACGCUCCUCGGCGCCAACGCUGCUGUCAAUCAAGCUAUGAACAAUGGAGGGACAUCAUUGUUUAUUGCUGCUCUCAAUGGCCAUGACACUGUCGUCAAGACCCUCCUCGCCGCCAAUGCUGCCGUAGAUCAAGCUUUGAACAGCGGAGCGACGCCGCUGAUGGUUGCUGCUCAGAACGACCAUGACACUGUCGUCAAGACGCUCCUCGCCGCCAACGCUGCUGUCAAUCAAGCUAUGAACGAUGGAGCGACGCCGCUGAUGAUUGCUGCUCUAAACGGCCAUGACACCGUCGUCAAGACGCUCCUCGGCGCCAACGCUGCUGUGGAUCAAGCUAGAAACGAUGGAGCGACGUCGCUGCUCCUAGCUGCGUAUCAAGGACAUGACGUCAUUGUCAAGACGCUCCUUUGCGCCGACGCAGCUGUGGAUCAAACAGCAAAGGACGGGGACACGCCACUUUGUGCGGCGUCGCGCUUUGGCUAUGCCACAGCGGUGCAAAUUCUCCUGGACGCCGGGGCCGAUGUCGACAAGCGCGACGGGACGACCUCUCUCUUGGCGGCGGCUCUGCGUGGGCAUGAAGUGGUUUGCCGCGUGCUGCUCCGUGCCAACGCAAAUGUUCACGCGGCGGACAGCAGUGGCCAAACCGCACGCAUUGCUGCAGAGCGCGGUGGGCACGAGUCGGUCGUGCGACUCUUGCUCGAUGCUGGCGCCAGCCUCGAGGAUGAUGAGCAAUAG